CAAAACCGGAAGUUGGUGGAGGAAAGCAGGCGUGAGAGAACCUGGCGAUGGCUUGGAGGACAAACCUUGCUUGCCUCAUCAAGGCCGGAGGGAGGAGGAGAUGGUUUCCAGUCCCAGAGUACUCUUCCCUGCCUCCAGUCCUAAAUAACAUCUGCUCUUGGAGAAAAUCCACUGCACCUGAGAAACUUGUUGCCAGUAUUGCUGCCUGUGACACAGAUGGAAAGGAAUCCAGGAGUGCACUGGACAGGCUCUUCUCCCCGGAGCAGCAGGCUUCUAUCUUACAAGUGUUGAAUACAGCUUCUGGUAAAGAACUGGAAGCUUUCAGGCUGCUUCGAGGAAGAAAGUCCGUCAAUAUUGUAGAACACAGAAAGAAGUUUGGACCAUUUCAGAGUUUGGAGAAUUUGAUAGGCGUGCCCUUGAUCCAAUAUAAAACUGCGGUUGAAGUCUGUAACUCCAUUCUCUGUCCAGAGAAUAAACGGAGAAAAAAGUCACAGGAACAGUGGCUGCUGAGAAAGUUCAUCAAGCCAGGUGUAGAGAAAGAGAGACUUAAGGCAGUUAAUAGUAUCGUAUCUGUUGUUUUUGGUACUCGAAGAAUUGCGUGGGCUCACCUUGACCGGAGACGGACAGUGCUGGACUGGCAGCAGGCUGAGUGCUGGAAAUUAACUAACAAAAUAUAUCCAACAUCCUUUUAUCUGGAAGAGAUUUCUUCAGUCAUUUCAAAGAUGCCUAAAGCAGAUCUCUACAUUUUGGAAAAAUCAGGACUUUCCAUUCAGAACACAUCUCUGCUUCCUAUACUGUUACACUUUCUUAUCAUAGAAGCCAUACUGUAUGCCUUACUCAACAAAACUUUUGCCGAGGAUGGCCAGCAUCGAGUGCUGAGCAUACAACGAAAUGCUGUGGGCAAGCACUUUGACCUGAUGAUCGGCGACACGAGGACUAGUGGGAGGGAGCUAGUGAAGCAGCUCCUCUCAGAGUCUGUGCUGAAGAAGCAGCCGCGGGUGUUCUUCCCACAGGACCUCAUAGUGCAAUACAGACAGAAGAUUGUCAAGAGCUCAUACCGGAUUGAAGAGUUGUAUGAUUCAUUAUUACAAGCUGUUGCUUUUUACGAGUUAGUUUUUGACAGAGGCUCAGAGCUCACAUGUUAAUGCACUCACUCUAGUAUUAUACUAAUUUAUUAAAGCAGCUGUUCUCAUCUUCCAUGUUAGUGGAAAACAUUUUGAAAAUAGUUUCCAUGUUUAUAAAAUCAGAUUUUUGGCUUGAAAAAGAUGAGCCAAAACCAAAUCAAUAAAUAUUUUGUGAGAUUCUGA